AUCCAAGUGAAAAGGAGCACUACUCUAUAGCUAGACUAGGGAUUACAACAAAGAAGAGAGAAAGAAUCACGGUGGAUGCUUGUCUUCUCUCUUUGUUGACGAGAAUUCUCUUGAGAGGUGAAAAUCUCCACUCCUUUAGCUUUGAGCAAGACCCAAUCCUCUUCUUCUCUCUUUAUUCGUCAGCUUCUCUCUCGAAAAUCAAAAGAAAGAAAAUAAAUGAGUAGAUGGUUGUUUCGUAAAUCAGAAACACAAAACGGGGCAGAACCCAAGUAGACUAAGCCGAACUGUAUCAAUCGCAACCACGGUUCAGUCAGACCCGCACGGUUCAAGCCCGUCUACUAAGCGAUAAUGGGUAAUUAUCAUAAAUGGUCACAAAACUAUUCACUUUGUACAAAACGGUAACAAACCUCUAAUUUUGCACAUUUCGGUAACAAUUGUUUAAACUAAUAACAAAAUGGUGAUUUCGUCCAUCUCCAUCCAAAAAUCCGUUAGUUUACUCCCGUUAGCAUGCCAUGUCAUCAACAAAUAAUAAAAAAUCAAUAAACCAAACAAAUAAUAUCCAACCAAACCAAACCAAACUCAACCCACCCGAAAAUUAUACUCAAUAAAAAUACAAACCCAAUCCAAUUUUGGGUUACAUGGAUCACCAAUUAUCAACUCACGGGCUGAAAAUCGCGGACAUCAAAGCGGUUAAUUGUGUCGGUAGAGAUUCCGAUCUCCUCCUCCGUCCCGUCGCCUAUCCUCCCCAAUCGAUUGCUCCCAAAACUUUGAUGUCGCCUUUGAUUCCAUCCGUCGGGCCAUCAUCUGUUUUCCACAAUUCCUCCAUCGUUGUCGCCAUUGAUUCCCCCUUUCUCCUCCAUCGUUGCCACGAAGCAAGCGGUUGACGAGAUAUUACGGGUGCCGCCGAAGCCAGAGGCUGGUUGAGGAGCUAAACAGGAUUAAGAGGCAGAUCUAGUUGGAGAAGAAAAGGCGACAAGGAAGGAGUCGGAUCUGGUUGGAGAAGAAAAGGCGACAAGGGAAGAAAAGGCGAUUGAUGUCCCAUUCUCUCUUCUUCUCCUUCUCUCCUCUGCCUCUGCCUCUGCCUCUUUCUAUUUCUUUUUCCCUCUGUCUCUUCAUUCUAUGAUUCAAAUGAGCUUCUGAUUCCUAGAUCUAAUUGAAUGGCAAAAGGGCAUUGAAAAGAGAUGUUAUUUCAAAGAUCAAAGAUGGAUUCCUUUGGUGUGGAAGAGCUAGAGAGCCUCGGCGUGUUUCACUUUCGGAUCGAAGAUCGAGAACGAUGGUGGUUUCAGCUCCCAAAAGGGAAAUCCCUCCUCGUUUUAUCUCCACCACAGUCGUUACCUCCUAUCGCGCGCACCACCACCAGAAACCAGUUCCGCCUUCAUGAAAUUUCGAUGACCCUCGUCGCUCCCGACUCCUCCUCCUCCACAACCUCUUUCGAUGACCCUUCUUUUCGGGUGGAAAUGAGUUUGGUUUGGUUGGAUAUUAUUGGUUUGGUUUAUGUAUUUUAUUAUUAUUAUUUGUUGAUGAUAUGGCGUGCUGACUGGAGUAAAUUAACAGAUUUUUGGACGGAGAUGGACGGAAUUAUCGUUUUGUUAUUAGUCUAAACAAUUGUUACCGAAAUGUGCAAAAUUAAAGAUUUGUUACCAUUUUGUACAAAGUGAAUAGAUUUGUGACAAUUUAUGAUAAUUAGUCAGGCUAUAAUUCAUUCACGCUUCUUCUUCCUCUUCUUGUGCGUUGUUGCAUUGCCGCUUCCCUAUCCCUCACUAAAACCAUGCCCUCCUUCGCCGCACCCACCAACUUCCUCGUCAACUCUCCGAUCUCCUCCUCUCCCCUCAACCCUCGCCGUAACCAACGCGCCGCUGCUCCCCGCCCCCCCUCAUUCAAAUGCGAUCUCGCUUCUUCUUCAUCCUCCCCCUACGCGCCGCAAAACCCUAAACCCUCUGAUCCCAAGGAGAAGCGGAAAUCUUUCUUCAGCUCUAUCUCUAAACCCCUAGUUCUAGGCGGCGUUGCCGGCUCCAGCCUCCUCAUCCGUCUCACUCCCGUUCCCCUCUCAUCCUCCAACGGAGGCCCUGGCAAUUUCGGAGGUAAUGGCGAUUGGUUCGGUGGUGGCGGCGGCGGUGGUUGGGGUGACGGUGGUGGCGGCGGGUUUUGGGAGAGACUGUUUUGUCCAUCGGCUGCAAUUGCCGACGAGUCCCAAUCGCCAGACUGGGAUGCCCACGGCCUGCCGGCCAACAUUACCGUCCAACUGAACAAGCUCAGCGGCUUCAAGAAGUACAGAAUCUCCGACAUUGUUUUCUUCGACAGCCGAAGAAGGGCCACCGUGGGGACGGAAGAUUCUUUCUUCGAGAUGGUUUCCCUACGGCCCGGCGGAGUCUACACAAAAGCGCAGCUCCAGAAGGAGCUGGAGACUCUGGCUACCUGCGGGAUGUUCGAGAGGGUCGACAUGGACGGGAAAACGAACCCUGAUGGGAGCCUAGGGAUCAGCAUCUCGUUCGCUGAGAGCACCUGGCAGUCCGCUGAAAAGUUCAGAUGCAUCAAUGUCGGGCUGAUGCAACAGUCCAAGCCCAUUGAGAUGGAUGCCGACAUGACCGAGAAAGAGAAGCUUGAGUACUACAGGAGUCAAGAGAAGGACUACAAGAGGAGGAUUGACAGGGCACGUCCCUGUUUGCUGGCACCUCCAGUUCACAGGGAGGUUAUGCAAAUGUUGAGGGACCAAGGCAAGGUUAGCGCCAGGCUUUUGCAGAAGAUAAGGGAUACAGUGCAGAAGUGGUACCACGAUGAGGGUUAUGCCUGUGCGCAGGUUGUUAAUUUUGGGAAUCUCAACACAAAGGAGGUAGUCUGUGAGGUGGUGGAAGGUGAUAUUACUCAGUUGGUUAUUCAGUUUCAAGACAAACUUGGAAAUGUUGUUGAGGGGAAUACACAAGUACCUGUUGUCAAGAGAGAGCUGCCUAAGCAGUUACGACCUGGUCAAGUGUUCAACAUCGAAGCUGGAAAACAAGCUUUGAAGAAUAUAAAUGCAUUGGGUUUGUUUUCAAACAUUGAAGUGAAUCCAAGGCCUGAUGAGAAGAAUGAAGGAGGAAUCGUUGUUGAGAUUAAGCUUAAAGAGUUGGAGCCAAAAUCUGCUGAAGUUAGUACAGAAUGGAGCAUUGUUCCUGGGCGUGGUGGACGGCCCACAUUGGCUUCAAUCCAGCCUGGUGGAACUGUUGCUUUUGAACAUAGGAAUAUCAAAGGGCUGAACCGUUCAGUUGUGGGCUCAAUCACAACAAGCAAUUUCUUUUUGCCCCAGGAUGAUCUUGCCUUCAAGCUUGAAUAUGUCCAUCCAUAUCUUGAUGGUGUUUACAAUGCCCGCAACCGCACCCUUCGCACUAGCUGCUUCAACAGCAGAAAACUCAGUCCAGUCUUUACUGGUGGGCCAGGGGUUGACGAGGUUCCUCCUAUAUGGGUGGAUCGAGCGGGCGUUAAAGUUAAUGUUACAGAGAAUUUCACCCGCCAGAGCAAAUUCACCUAUGGCCUGGUGAUGGAAGAGAUAACAACACGUGAUGAAAGUAGUCACAUAUCUGCAAAUGGCCAAAGAGUUUUACCAAGUGGUGGAAUUAGCGCAGAUGGGCCACCUACAACCCUCAGUGGUACCGGCAUUGACCGGAUGGCAUUUUUACAGGCCAAUAUCACUCGUGACAACACAAAGUUCAUAAAUGGAGCUGUAGUUGGUGAAAGAAAUGUAUUUCAGGUGGACCAAGGGCUUGGCAUUGGCAUCAAGUUCCCGUUCUUCAACCGUCACCAGCUGACAGUUACAAAGUUCAUUCCACUAAAACAAGUGGAGGAAGGUGCGGGCAAACCACCACCUCCUAUUCUAGUCCUUAAUGGUCAUUACGGGGGCUGUGUUGGAGACCUUCCAAGCUAUGAUGCUUUUACACUGGGCGGACCCUAUUCUGUGAGAGGGUACAACAUGGGUGAGCUUGGAGCAGCCAGAAACAUCCUCGAGCUUGGAGCUGAAGUAAGGAUACCUGUGAAAAAUACGCAUGUAUAUCUAUUCGCUGAGCAUGGAAAUGAUCUUGGGAGCUCCAAGGAUGUGAAAGGGAACCCAACAGAAGUAUACAGAAGAAUGGGGCAUGGCUCAUCAUACGGUGCAGGUGUGAAGUUGGGAUCGGUUCGAGCAGAGUACGCUGUGGAUCACAACACUGGCACGGGUGCAUUGUUCUUCCGGUUUGGAGAGAGAUAUUGAAACAGGUAGAAGUUUGCACUGGAAGCAGAACGAGAAACUGCCAUAAAUUUUGCAGGCGAGGCUUUGAUCUAGGAUAGAUUAGUAAAGAGGUUUUGAAGUUGUGAUUCAUAUUUUGCCUUCUGUUGCGUGGAAUUGGAUCAACUUUAUUUCCGGUGUAAUUGAAUGAUCUAUUUCCCUGGAUCAAUUCCUUGCGCACUGUUUGCGGAUUGCCCCAUGCCAAAUCUUGGGAAGCAAGUAUUUAUGAGUAAGUAACUAUUUCUAAGUCUGUGGAAGGGAGGAUAUGGUUUUGUCUUUUAUCUUUGGCCAAAUAUACUUGUAUAGCCAAAACUUUGACGGUUUUGCCAAAUAUAGUCAAUUUUGGGGAAAUACCAAUAAUAGCCACUUCCGUCUAAUUCUUUGACGGUGUGAGUUAGCGUGUUAACUGGACUAACAGAUCGUACUAUUUGACAAUUUUUGUCUUGUACGUAUUUGCCACGUGGAAUUAAUUAAAAAAAUAAAAAAAAGGAAAUUGAAAAACACAAUUUGCCUUUUCCUUACCUACCCACCCACAAAUUAUCUCCCUCCGCCACAAAUUCAUCUACCUCCACUGCCACCACACCUUCGUGUUCCCAUUCUUCUUGCUUCGGUUGACCCUGCCAACAACAGGAGUAGGCGGCUCCGUUUUGAGACAAGCCGGAACUCUCCUUUACUCGACUCGAAGUGUUAAUUCAUUCACCCACCAUCGCCGACCCUCUAUUUCACAUCCUCGGCGCCACAACAAUCCUUCUCCUCUCCACGAUCCCCCGCAACCAUUUCAAUCUGUAAAACCUCACUCUAUCUCCCGAUUUCCCUCCAUCUUCCCCUGGCGUAGCUGCUCACCGUCGAUUAUUGGCGGUAGCUUUGAAAACCGCCCAGAUCUGGAAAUUAUCGCCCAAGAACUUGCUCCGCCUUCUCCAAUUGACUCUCCUCCGCCGAAAUCCUAGUUUCCAGUUGCUUUAUUUCAACCGAAGCAGUAAUCUGUUUCCUCCUGCCUCGCCGUAGUGGCGACGACGGAUUUUGGUUCUCGAUUCGGAGCCGGACAGUGAUGGAAGUGAGCUCUCCGAGCUCGAUCUCAUCGCCAUCGCAGAGGUCGUACUGUUAAAGAGGAGUCUGGAUUCUGAUUUGAAUGCGAGGUGUUUGGAUGAGAUGCGAGGUGCUGCAAUCAGAGGUUUAGGGCUCCGAAUUCCACCGAGAGAUGUUUCUUUGGAUCAAUCUCGGACCUUAAAUUCACAACCCCUACAGAAUCGCAAAGGAAAGGAGGAGGAAGAAGAAAUGUGGGGUGGAGUGGAGACUUGGAUGGAAAAUUGAGGUCGACAGUGAGGGGAUGAAUGGAUGACGGUGAGGGGAAGCGGGACAAUCCUUUGGUUUUUUUUUUUGUUUAUAAAUGAUUUUUUAAUAAAUUAAUUAAAUAUUUUUAAAUAAAAUAUGCAUGUCAUGUAUAUGUGGCAAGUGUUGGUGAGUUGUCAUUGUCAAUGAUGUGUUAGGUGAGUUGGCAGCCAAAUCAUCGUUCCGUUAAUUUGACUAACGGUGUCACUGACGCCGCAAACUAUGUAACGGAAAUGGCUAUUAUUGUCAUCGAACUUUCAAAUUUCUGGCUAUUAUUGGUAUUUCCCCAAAAUUGGCUAUAUUUGGCAAAACUGUCAAAGUUUUGGCUAUACAAGUGUAUUUGGCCUUUAUCUUUACUCAUUUUUUGAGUGCAUUGAAAGGGAAAAUACGUCUCAUGUUUUUCAGUACAUCUUCAAAAUUGUUUUUUUGAAAUGAUGGUAAUCGUCAUUUGUAAUAUGAUUGACAUUAAAAAUGUAUUAAUUUGCCCAAAAAGUAUUAAAUAUUUACUUUGAUUUCAAACUUAUUAAUUUGCACAAAAAGCAUUCAAUAUUUACUUUGAUUUGUAAGAUUUAGUGUUUACGAGGAAGAGUAUAUAGUGUAUAAGGUUUAACGUUUACAAUUUGAGGAUUAGGGUUGGAAUUCAAAAUUGAAAGUUUAAGACUUAGGGUAAUGCAUUGGUUACUUAUUAUCCUUUGUUAUAUCAUCAUAUUACACUAAUAUUAUUAUGCUUAAUUGGUUACUUAAAUAAUACAAAAUUUUCAUGUUUGCCGCCCGAACAUUUUUUUUCUUAUUCAUCACUAACUUUAAGAAUCGUUUCACCAUUAGUCAUCGCUCGUUAGUUUCCGUUGCCUUCAGAUUUUGGAUGAUGUGGCAAACAAAACUACUGGCUAGGUUGACAAAAAGACUGUGUCAUGCAAAUAGACCGCCUAGUCAACCUCAAUACACGACCCAAUUGACCAAAACCUAUUAUUUUGAAUUUCCUUUUAUCUUUUUUUUUUUUUAAUUUAUAGGACUAAUACCACUACAACCCUUGAACUAUAAAAAAAAUCUCACUUGUAUCCUAUUUUAUCCAAUAUGACAAUUAUAUCUUGACGUAUGAUACUUUUGUGACAUUUGCAUCCAGACACUUUCGUUGACCGAUAAAGAUAAUUGUUGACCAGAUAAUGGUCAAAGCGAUAUUUACUUUUGUUGAUGUGGCAAAAAUUAAACAGCCACAUAGAUGUCACACCAUUAUCACAUAAGAUUAUUCUAAAUUUACAAUUAAAUUAAAAUAAGAAAACUAAUACUAUAUAAAAAUAAAUCAAAACAAAAAUUAAACCUGCUUUUUUCGUCAUCUUCCUCUACCGGAAAACCCUUUCAAUUAAAAUCAAAACCAAAUUAAACAAGAGAAAGUGUUUCCUGAUUCAAUCCCCCAAACCGUCGUAUAAAUUGGCUCAAGAUAGGGUGCAUAACCAUGGAUUAUGCAUCCAUCAAUAACCAAAUCUGGAUCUUUUAUUUAGAAAAUCCAGAUCUAAGGAUGGAGAAUUAAAGACCAUUUUUAUUUUCCCUAGCUUUUUUAAUCGGCUCAUAUCUUUUUCGUUUUAACUCGAAUUUUAAUUUUUUUUUGCACAGAUGGAACGAGUUCAUCUUGCUCUACAAAAUGAGAUCAAUUUUCAAUAUUUUUUAAGAAAAAAAAAAUUCUGGCCUCUCGGUACUAACUGCAUACCAUAUGGUAUUUUCUUCGUUUUUAAUUCGUUUUUGAAAAAGUUUGCACAGAAGGGACGAGUUCAUCAUGAUCUAUUGGAUCUACAAAUUUAUGGGUGAAUAAAUUACAUGACCAAAAAAUACCACACAAUACCAUACAAUACUACCCUGGUACGGGGUGGUAUAUUAUGGUAUAUUAUGGUAUUUUCUUCGUUUUUAAUUCGUUUUUGAAAACGUUUGCACAUAAGGGACGAGUUCAUCAUGAUCUAUUGGAUCUACAAAUUUCUGGGUGAACAAAUUACAUGACCAAAAAAUACCACACAAUACCAUACAAUACCACCCUGGUACGAGGUGGUAUAUUAUGGUACACAAUGAUAAAAGUCGUAAAUGACAGUUAAUAUACUUCUAUUAUCAUGUAUUCAACCAUCCUACAGUCUUGGUUUGUUCAUACCACCAUGGUACGGUUUUCAAACCAUAGGUAUGUUCUUAUUUCAAUACCAGUCAAUACCAUAUGGUAUAGACUAGUAAAAAAUUGCUCAAUUUUUUUUUGUUCGAAAAAUAUAUCAAAGUGGAUAUCAUUUUGAAGAGCACAAUUAAUCUGAUCUAACUGUGCAAAAAAAAUUAAAUUUCGACUUAAAACGAGUGAGAAAUCGUCCGUCAAAGAUUAAGAAUGGGAAAAUUAAAAGACUUUUCAGGAGAGAGAUGCUGAUGUCAUGCUUAUGUAGGCUGGUUACUCAUGGUUACUCACCAUAAGGUUACUGACCUGAUCCGUUCUCGUAUAAAUUAUAGCUUAGUAG